AUGUCGUUCGUCAGGCACUUGCUGGACAAGGGGAAACUACCAUUAAGUGCGAAUAAUAUGAAGGCCAUUGAGGAUGGACUCUGCUCUUCCCGCGGCAGACCCUGUGGAAGGGUAGAACAAAGACAGGCCUGGUUCUCAGCUAACCAAGAUGGUAGUUGUUUGUGA